AUGAGCGGGGGCUAUAAUGUAGAGAAAAAGGAUAUUGAAGAUAUUGUAAAGAAAUCUGCCUAUUUUACCCGCGGGGGCUUAAAUUCGCCUUAUGUGGAUCAGGAAGUGAAGAUUGGUGUGGAUGGUAAUGGGGAAGGAGUGUUCAGGACUGAAAGGAAAUAUGUGCAUCCGCAAAUUAUUUUUGCGGAGAUUGUGGCUUUUUUGUUUAAUUUUGUGAGCUGCUUUGGGCAUAUGGAUUUUGUGGCAUUGUUUGACGCGGGGGCAUGCUUGGACGUGGAUGUUGAGGGACGCCGAUCUCUUAGAUCGUGGGAUGAAUUGAAGAGAGUGGCAAGAAAAUGUCUGCUGAAAUGGCAUACUGAUAAAGCGGGGGCUGGGGGAUUAGAGGCUUGUCAACUGGCACACAAGGCUUUUGGCUAUCUUAUUCAAGAAGGGCAAGCGGGGGCACAGGCUUAUAUAGAAGCAAUGAACCAAGUUAAUACUGAUGGAUAUCGCCUCUGGGACUUGAGCGCGGACCCGGCAGCACAUGAACAACAUUUGAGUCUUGCUGAAGCGAUCAGGCUUUAUGGAAAGAGGGAACCGGUUGUAAAGGAUCCAAGUGGGGGCCAAUGUUUACAUUGUGGGAGCGUGGGGCAUCAGACAAGAUUCUGCAGUAAUGGCGGGGGCUCUGGGCGAAAGGACAGUGCGGGCAAUGUGUGGGUGGUUGGUUGUAAGCUGAGGUGUUUUUCAUGCGGGCAGUGGACCAAAACCCAUAGUGCCAACACGUGUCCAUUUACUCAUCCUGAUGCAAGAGGAAUUGCUAAGCGGGGGCAGCCGAGCAAGUGUUGGAACUGUGGCAAAACUGGGCACAAAGCAAACUUUUGUAAUGCCCCGCGCUAUAAGGAUGUCCACAAUGAAACGCUUCAAACUCGGCAGGAUGUCGAGAAUAAAGCCAAACCGGGGGCUUCGAGAUCAAUGUGGGACGAGCCGUAUAGUGAUGAUGGCGAUAAAGACAAAGCGGGGGCUUCAAGAUCAAUGUGGGACGAGACGGAUAGUGAUGAUGAUGACGAUAUUGGAUUGGAUUAAUUUUAUUUUUAAUUUA